UUGCUUUAGGCUGUCACAAAAGCGCUUAUUGGUACUUAUGUCCAAUUAAAGAAAGGUUUAGCCGCAUUCAUGCACGGUUUUAUGUUUCAAAAGUGUAUUUUGAAAUUAUUUUUAGUGAAAAUAGUGUAAUUUAGUUUAAUUAUGUCGGGGGAAAGAGAAAUAGCCGCUGAGGAUAGUAUUCGAGUCGUAUGCAGGUUCCGGCCCCUGAAUGAUUCAGAGGAAAAGGCUGGUUCGAAGUUUAUUGUCAAGUUUCCAAGUGGAAAUGAGGAUAAUUGCAUCACAAUCGGGGGCAAAGUAUACCUAUUCGAUAAAGUAUUUAAGCCCAAUGCAACACAAGAAAAGGUAUACAAUGAGGCUGCCAAGAGCAUCGUCUCAGAUGUAUUGGCUGGAUACAAUGGAACUAUUUUUGCAUACGGUCAAACUUCCUCCGGAAAAACACAUACCAUGGAAGGUGUCAUAGGCGAUCCUGGUAAGCAAGGUAUCAUCCCCCGCAUUGUCAACGAUAUCUUCAACCAUAUAUAUGCGAUGGAGGAAAAUUUAGAAUUUCAUAUAAAAGUUUCAUAUUUUGAAAUUUACAUGGAUAAAAUAAGAGAUCUAUUAGAUGUAUCAAAAGUAAAUUUGAGCGUGCAUGAAGACAAAAACAGAGUUCCUUUUGUGAAGGGUGCCACUGAGAGAUUUGUUUCAAGUCCCGAUGAAGUUUUCGAAGUAAUUGAGGAAGGAAAAUCAAAUCGUCACAUUGCAGUCACAAACAUGAACGAACACUCCUCUAGAUCACAUUCGGUGUUUUUAAUUAACGUUAAACAAGAAAAUUUAGAAAAUCAAAAGAAGCUAUCUGGAAAACUAUAUCUGGUAGAUUUAGCCGGUUCCGAAAAAGUUUCAAAAACCGGAGCCGAGGGUACCGUUUUGGACGAAGCUAAAAAUAUUAACAAAUCACUAUCAGCCCUCGGAAAUGUUAUAUCUGCUUUGGCCGAUGGCAAUAAAACGCACAUUCCUUAUCGAGAUUCGAAACUGACCAGGAUUCUUCAAGAGUCUCUCGGAGGUAACGCUAGGACGACCAUUGUGAUCUGCUGUUCGCCGGCUAGUUUUAACGAAUCCGAAACUAAGUCGACAUUAGAUUUCGGAAAGAGAGCCAAGACUGUGAAGAACGUUGUAUGUGUGAACGAAGAAUUGACUGCUGAAGAAUGGAAGCGUAGGUACGAGCGCGAAAAAGAAAAGGUCGUCCGACUCAAAGGCAAGGUUGAAAAACUUGAAGAAGAAUUGGCACGUUGGCGUGCUGGUGAAACGGUUAAUCCUGACGAACAAAUCAAUUUACAAGAUGUUAUGGAAGCAUCCACGCCAGGAACUGGUUUAGAUGCCAAUGCAGCCGCGGCUGGUGAUCUUCCUGUGCCCGCCACUCCAGCCGGAGUCGUACUGGGACAAACUGUGAUGAAUAUGAGUAUAACUAAUGAGGAACGAGCUCGAUUUGAGUCAGAAAGAGAACGUCUGUAUCAACAACUUGAUGAUAAAGAUGAAGAAAUUAACCAGCAUUCACAAUAUGUUGAGAAGCUUAAGGAACAAAUUUUGGAGCAAGAGGAUCUCAUUGCCUGCACGAGGCGAGAUUAUGAAUCUCUUCAAGGUGAAAUGAAUAGGAUUCAGCAAGAAAAUGAAAGCGCGAAAGAAGAAGUCAAAGAAGUAUUACAAGCUCUUGAAGAGUUGGCUGUGAACUAUGAUCAAAAAAGCCAAGAAGUUGAUUCUAAAAACAAAGAAUUUGAAUCAAUCACCGAAGAAUUAUUACAAAAACAAUCAGUACUAAACACAACAUCUACAGAACUGCAACAAUUAAAAGAUAUGUCAGCUCAUCAGAAACGUAGAAUUACUGAAAUGUUGACAAAUCUUUUACGAGAUUUGAGCGAAGUUGGUGUAGCUAUCGGCGGAGAAGGGGCUGAUAUGAAGAUAAAUGCAGAUAGCGCCGGAAAACUUGAAGAAGAAUUUACUGUAGCGCGUCUUUUUAUUAGCAAAAUGAAAUCAGAAGCUAAGAAUCUCUCCCAGAGAUGCCAGGGUCUCGAGACCACUCAACUGGACUCAAACAAGAAAAUUACAGAAUAUGAAAGAGAUUUGGCUGACUGCAGGUUGUUGAUAAGUCAACAUGAGGCAAGAAUGAAAAGUUUGCAAGAAUCGAUGAGAGAAGCAGAAAACAAAAAGAGAACUUUAGAGGAGAACUUGGAUGCUCUAAGAGAAGAAUGUGCAAAGUUGAAGGCUGCAGAACAAGUGUCUGCGGUUAGUGUAGAAGAGAAAGAAAAGGCAGCACAACUAAGAGAAGCCUUGGAAGGUCAGAUGGAUCAUUUAAGAGAUGCCCAUCAAAAGCAGGUGGCUAUGUUAAGAGAUGAGAUUUCAGAGAAGCAAGAGAUGAUCAAUGAAUUGAAAGAUUCCAACCAAAAACUUACUUUGGCUCACCAGCAGAUGACCGCUGAUUAUGAGAAGCUUCGACAAGAGGAAGCCGAUAAAUCAACGCGACUUCAAGAAUUAAUAUUAACAAACGAGCGCAGAGAACAGGCCAGAAAGGAUUUGAAGGGGCUUGAAGAUACUGUUGCAAAAGAAUUGCAAACUUUGCAUAAUUUACGAAAGUUGUUUGUUCAAGAUUUACAGUCGCGAAUCAAGAAAUCGGUAUCUGCUGAAGAUAAUGAAGAAGAUGGUGGAUCUUUGGCUCAGAAGCAGAAGAUCUCAUUCUUAGAAAAUAAUCUUGAUCAACUUACCAAAGUGCACAAACAAUUGGUGCGCGAUAACGCAGAUCUGCGAUGCGAGUUGCCCAAACUGGAAAAACGUUUAAGAGCUACCAUGGAAAGAGUGAAGGCUUUGGAAACUGCUUUGAAGGAGGCCAAAGAAGGUGCGAUGCGUGAUCGCAAACGAUAUCAGUUUGAAGUUGAUAGAAUUAAGGAAGCUGUCCGCCAAAAGAACUUGGCGCGCCGUGGACCAAGUGCCCAAAUCGCCAAACCAAUCCGAGCUGGACAAGGUCAUAUUACAGGUCAGGGCAUUCGACCUAUUAUUCCAAAUAACAUGACUGAUCCGGCAAAACGCAAGAUGGUCCAUGUUGGACGUGGAGAUGAGAGCUGAAUCUUAGAACUUAGAAAUAAGAUCAUUAUUUAAAUAUACAUAUGACAAAUUAAAAAAUUACUGUCAUACUAUAUUCUUAUAAAUAGGCAUAUAAAUUUAUUUGAAUGUAUGCACUCGAAAAGGAUUUUGUUAAGUGCAAUAUAAACAAUAUAUCUAGCUUGAUGUGGCGUUGCAAAACUACUGUUAGCAUGCAUUGCUAUAAUUAAGUCGGAUGCUUGGAAAUAGUGCUAUAGUCUAAUUCUUGGAUGGAGUUUGCACUAUAAAUUGCUAAUAUUCAAGAUUUCUCAAACCUCUGCAGUUCUAUAUUUCUUAUUUUCUAUGUUAUUAUCUAUUAGUUUGUUAACUUGGUUUUGAGUUCUGAACUUGAGGCAGUUAAUUAGUGCACCUAAGAUGAUUCGGUUAGUAG